CAGCGGCUCGGCAUAAAUACCUUGAGCCCAGUGCCCUGGGAAGCAGCAGCUGCCACUCAGACUGACAGACUCCACAACUCAGGAUAUAACAGCAAGGCACCUGGGACAGCAGCCUCCCCGACCUCCCCACUUUUUCUUUGGAGCAUAAACCUUCACGGUUUGGCUUCACAAGAUGGACCUGAGGGUAACAAGCCUUCUCCUCGUCCUCCUGGCUUUGGCCGAGGCAACCUCUGACAGGUACUACCACGUGCCGAAAGUAAGCAAGAGUCCAUACCCCGUCAAGAGUCAUGCCGUUGCAGGUGAGACAGGUCCUCAUGGUCCUCCUGGUGAACCAGGACCAAUGGGACCACCUGGACCUCCUGGAAAGAGUGGUGUAGGACAUACUGGACCACAAGGGCCAUCAGGACCUCCCGGACCCCCUGGCUACUCUGCCGCAGGUAAACCUGGUACCCCAGGUGGCCCUGGAAAACCAGGUGGCCGUGGCAUUCCUGGUGAGAGAGGUGCACCUGGUGCAACAGGAGCAAUGGGUCCCAGAGGUUCACCAGGUUCACCUGGAACACCCGGACCAGCUGGACUUUCUUCUGCUGGAAAACCUGGACCAGCUGGCAUUCAUGGAGCAAUGGGACCAAGAGGAGAGCCUGGCUUGAAGGGACAUCCUGGUAUUCCUGGUCUUCCUGGCAACAAAGGAGAGAGAGGUAUUGGAGUUCCUGGUGUUCAAGGCUCCCCAGGCCCAGUUGGACCAAUGGGUCCAUCCGGUAUGCCAGGAAAAUCUGGAGUUGGUCAACCUGGUGCCACUGGCUAUCCUGGAGAGCCUGGAAAGUCUGGCAUGCCAGGAAGAGAUGGUGCUGCUGGGCCAAUGGGUAUGACAGGACCAAAAGGUCACACAGGGGCUCCAGGUGUGGGAGCACCAGGAAAGUCAGGGCAGAAUGGUACCCCAGGUGUACCUGGAUCAAUGGGGCCUAAAGGUCCACAGGGUCAAGCUGGUCAGCCAGGCUCCCCUGGCAUGCCAGGUGUUGGCAAAACAGGUGAACCUGGAAUACCAGGCAGCAGAGGAGCCCCUGGUACUUCUGGAACCACCGGUCAAAAAGGAGAGCCAGGUCCAACUGGUUAUACUGGUCAGCCAGGUGCUCCUGGUUCUAUGGGCCCAGCUGGUCCACAGGGUGCAAAAGGAUUCCAGGGGGAGGGAGGCCCAACAGGACCCAAAGGCGACAUUGGUAUGGUGGGGGCACCAGGCCCAAGGGGAGCCAAAGGUGAACAAGGAGCUCAAGGUUUCACUGGAAAACCAGGUAUCCCUGGAGCAGUAGGUCCUCAAGGAAUGUCAGGUCACAAUGGUCCACAGGGUCCAAAGGGAGCACAAGGCCAUGCCGGUGCCCCAGGACAGCCAGGUUCAAAUGGCGCCCCAGGACUUAAAGGACACACAGGUUCCCCUGGAGCACAUGGAAAAAGUGGUGAGGAUGGAAGGCCAGGACCCAUGGGACAAGCUGGGCCACCCGGUCCAUCUGGCCCCUCUGGACUUAAAGGCCACCCAGGUCAUCCAGGUCCCCCUGGCCCUGCUGGCCAAACAGCUAAGGGUAUUUCUGGUCCUCACGGUCCACCUGGAAUUCCAGGUGCAAGGGGUAAUGAUGGCACCCCAGGCCCUUCCGGUCCACCUGGUCCACCUGGCCCACCAGGAGAGGUGGUCUACCACAACGAAAAGAGCAUGCCAAUCAAGUCCCACGAGGUUGUGAUGUCUCACGAGAUGAUGAAGGCACCCAUGUCUGCCUUCAGUGCUGUGCUGACAAUGGCCUACCCCCAAGCUGCAACUCCUAUUCAGUUCAACCAGGUUAUUUACAAUGGGGAGCACCAUUAUGAUGCCCACAGUGGUGUGUUUACGUGCCAGAUCCCAGGUCUCUACUAUUUCAGCUAUCAUGUUCAUGUCAAUGGUGCAAAUGCAUUGGUGGCCCUGUACAAAAACGAGGAUCCUGUUGUUUUCAGCUAUGAUGAGUACAACAAGGGCUUCCUGGAUCAGAUGUCAGGCAGUACUGUUCUUAUGCUGCAUCCCGGUGACAGAGUCUAUGUCCAGGUCCCUGAUGAGGAGAGUAAUGGUAUAUUCGCAGCAGAUAAUGUUCACUGCUCUUUCUCUGGGUUCUUGAUUGCCUCAACGUGAUUUCAUAAACCCAAGUGAACCUCAAAACCUUACAACCAUUUAACAACUCAGAGAAAUAAAUCAGUUUACAUAAUUCCAAAUUGAGGUUGUGGAAUAAAGAAAAAUAAUGUUUUGAAAGUUUAAUUGCUUACUUUAAAUCUUUACAACAAUGAAAUAGUCUUCAAAUUGGAAACAGAGGUAUUAAUGUUGACCAAACAUUGAAAUGUGUUGUUGAAAUUGAUUCCAUUCCCCAGUUCACCUUGUGUGUGCCUUUGAAAUGUUGAAAAUCAUGAAACAAUAUUGGAAGAUAUCUUAAGUGGUGCUCUACAACUGCCUGUAACAUUUACAGCUCAUGUUUUAUUUGCGUUGGUUUUUUUUUAAUGUCUGUUGUUUAAGAAGUGUCCUGUAAUAUACAUUCAAAACACACACAAACUGUUUGUACUAUAUGUCAUUAGAGAUCAGCACAUUCUCGCAACCACUGUGACUGGAAAAAACAAAGAAUGAAAAAUUCAAACUGCAUUUUUUUUUUCAAAACAACUAUGUCCCAUUGGAUGUGUUAAGUUAUGUACCACUUACUGACCAAAACACAGAAUAAAAGUUCUAGUCUGAAAAAGAAAAA